ACCUUACCGUACUGCAGGCACCAGUCCAACAAACGGCGCAGCGCUUCAAACAUCCGCCUGCCGCCACACACCUUGCAGUCUUCACCCUCUUCUGUUCCUCUGUUCAUCAUCCGUGCCUCUCUCACCCUUUUGUCGCCUUCUUGACCUGCAAGGUGGUUCGCACUUUGCAUCCUCUCCUCCAUCUUUUCUUCUCGUCUUUCCCUGUCGCUUUCUGUCGCGUCGCUGCUGCACUCCAUCUCAUGCCUUCCGUCUGACGCAACAACCCCAUCCUUUCCUUCCCACCCGACGCACCCGGCCCACCACCGACUCCAGUCCCGUUGUCUACCGCCGUCUCCGCCGCCGUACCCUCCGAUCACCCGCCGUCGCUUGGCCUUCUUGGACUUCAUUGCUUGUUUCUAUCCCUGUCACAACACCUGACCAUCACCGCGCAACGCAACCAUGAGUACGCUGCCGACCACCGAGAAGCCUGUGGGCUUCAAGGCUCUUCACCCGGCCUUCUUCAUCGCGAGCUGGAUCUUCUUCUCAAACUUGACCAUUCUCUUCAACAAAUGGCUACUUGACACAGCCGGCUUCAAAUACCCCGUGAUCCUCACAUUCUGCCAUCUCGUCUUCUCCACCCUGGCAACACAGGUGCUGGCCCGCUUCACCUCCCUCCUCGAUGGCCGCCACAAGAUCAAGAUGACGGGCCGCGUCUACCUGCGCGCCAUCAUGCCCAUCGGCGUCCUCUACUCGGGCUCCCUCGUCUGCUCCAACCUGGUGUACCUCUACCUCUCCGUCUCCUUUAUCCAGAUGCUCAAGGCCGCCGCCCCCGUCGCCGUCCUCUUCACCAGCUGGUUCUGGGGCGUCGCCGACCCCUCCAUGAAGACCUUUUACAACAUCCUGCUCAUCGUCGGCGGUGUCGGCCUCGCCUCCUUUGGCGAAAUCGAGUUCUCCUGGAUCGGCUUCAUUUUCCAGAUGGGCGGCAUCAUCUUCGAGGCCAUCCGUCUCGUCAUGAUCCAGGUCCUCCUCAAGGGCGACGAGAACGCCCAAAAGAUGGACCCCCUCGUCAGUCUCUACUACUACGCCCCCGUCUGCGCCGUCAUGAACUUCUUUGUCGCCUGGUUCAGCGAGUUUAGCAAGUUCAACGUCGAGGACUUCAACAAAGUCGGCUUCACCAUGCUGCUCCUCAACGCCAGCGUCGCCUUUGCCCUCAACAUCUCCAGCGUCUUCCUCAUCGGCAAGACGUCAGGCCUCGUCAUGACCCUCACCGGCAUCCUCAAGAACAUCCUCCUCAUCGUCGUCUCCGUCCUCAUCUGGCACACCAGCAUCACCGCCCUGCAGUUCGUCGGCUACGCCGUCGCCCUCUUCGGCCUCGUCAUCUACUCCAACGGCUGGGACCAGCUCAAGGCCUCAGGCGCCGGCGCCGUCACCUGGUCCCGCAACGUCUGGAACUCGCACGCCCUCGACGAGGGCCGCCUCUCGCCCCUCCUCCGCCGCGCCAUCUUUUUUGGCCUGCUUACGCUGAUCACCCUCAUGGUCGUCAUGGGCUUCGCCUACAAGGGCGCCGCGGCGCCGGCCGACUGGUUUGCCAAGGUCAGCACCGCCAGCACGUAGAUGCCUUACUUUUUUCCUUUUUUCCCAAUCAUCAAAGCCUGGAGUUUUGGGACAGCGCGUUGUGUACAAAGAGAAGACAUUUGGAGUCUGAAAAAUGCGCGACAUU